GAGAGCCGCUCUGCCAGCGUCACACAGGGGCACCGCAUCCGCCGCUCUUACCGCGAGUCCGCACUGGCAUGGACGCCGGAGCAGAGCGCUGACCAUCCAGGAACCAUGCCUACUGUCCUCGGUGGCAAAGGGAAACUUUCUAUUGACUGUUUUCUACUCCGAUGCGCAUAUUCUCAGGUAACAAGAAGCCAACUCAACAGCUGUGCCAAAGAUAUUCUGGAGGACAUGACUCAGUCCUGGCCGUCCCAGCAAGCCUUAGGGGGUGACCAGGCCCAGCGAAUCCUCUACAACUCUAAGGAAGCAAAACUACCAACUACACAACAAAGGCAAAGUCGGGGAGAUGUUCAGCUUCGAAUGACCCGUCACCCCCACGUGGCACCUCACAAAUCCAUGCUUGCUGAUGACCUGAAGCUGAGCAGUGAUGACGAAGACGCUCAAAGGGCAACCCGUGAGUCCGCUUUCUGGGACGGACGCAGCCUGUCAGCACAGCGAGCGCACACACAUGGCAGGCGGGUGAGACAUUCCAGCUCAGACUCUUCAGGCUCAGACUGCUCCGCCGAGUCGGGCAGCAGCAGCCUUCACUCCCGGAGCCCCAGCAGGAGCCCAGAAGUUCCCCCAGAUCCUUCGUCGCCCGCCAACAGGCAGCCACCGUGCAGCAGCAAGGAGACCGACCACCCCUCUGCUGCCCAGUGGCAGCUGGAUAAAUGGCUGAAGAAAAAAUCUGCCAGCAGUGAACAGGAUCCCUCCCAGAGCAUUCCAGGACGCCUUCCCUCUCCCCACACCCAACGAGCCCCAUCUCCAGCCUGGGACAGCAAUCAGGAGUACAGCCCCAGCCAAAGCCCUAUUCCCAGCCCACAGUUCCAUUACAGCCACAACAGCCCCCUACCCAGUCCUGGUUAUAGCUACUGCCCCAGCCCCAGCCCAUUCCCCAGCACCUGCCCAAGUCCCAGCCCUAGCCCGAGGCGUAGCCCCAUCUCCAGUCCGGUUCCAAGUGUUUGCCCCAGUCCGCAUGGGAGCCGUAGCCCUAGCCCUCUACCUAGAGACCCUCCAAAAAGCCCCAGUCCCAGCCUGCCUGCUCCUCCUUCAAGGCUUCGUCACUACCCUGAGGCUCAGAGUCAGAACCAAACACAAAGCUUAACAACCACUCCCCAAAGGACAAAAAAUAGGUCAUGGAUUGCUCCAUUGCUUAACGCUGACACCAAGUGCAAGCCUACAAACACCAAUCAUCUUCAGCCAGCUCAUCAGCACAGGCCUAAGACUCGGCCCACGCAGAAGCCAGACCAAAGCAAAUCCAAGGCGUCUGCUCCUCUGAACUCUAACCAGAGUCACGGCCUUAAAUCUAGACCCAAGCCUAACUUCCAUCCAAACUCUAAACAGCCUUCUGAGGCUCCCAAAGCCAAACACACUCCACAUUCUGAGAAAAUCCAGAGUAGCAGAUCCAACCACAACUCCAACCACAAGCCCAGGCCUUCACUUCAGCCUCGCUCACAACAUAGCCCCACAAGAGCAAAGCACCUAGCUCCCACUAGUCGUGAAGCUAACCCUGGUCAUAGUUCUGACCCCCGAUCUACCUCCAAAGCUGCGACUAAUUCUAAUACUGGGUUGAACUCUAAAUCAAACCCUAGCCUAAAACCAAGGGACAAGUCUUGGGAGGCUACAGCCCCAACUCCUGUGCAUGUUAACCAUACAAAAACACAGCAGAAGAAACCCCAGUCCAAGGAGCAAGACGUGGAACAAAGAGGAGAUCAGCUGACCCGAGCAGAGGGGAGGAAACAAGAGAGAAAAGAGGACAGACAUCGGGAAAAACAACAAGGGAGACGGGAGAGAAAGGAAGACAGGAGGCUGGCGGAGGAGCAGCUGCUGAGACGUCCCUGGAUCCAGAGUUCGUCAGACGAAGAGAAGGAGGAGGAAGAGGAGGAGGAGCGAGUGAUAGACAGGCAGAGGAAGAGAGAGGAGACAGCAAGAGGGGAAAACAGCAGGAGGAGGGAGCAGCAACAUAGACGCGAAUGGCAAACAGUCCAGGCCAAACAGAGACUGCCUACCAACAGCGAGCGACACCGCCUUCGAGACGACUCGCGCCACCAGGGGAGGCCAAGAAAGGGAGGCAGGAGUGAGGAGGAGAGAGAAGACAGUUCACCUUCUUCGUCAAGUUCCCCAACUCCUCUCAGACCGUCCUCCUCAUCCUCUUCCUCCUCCUCGUUGAAUUCAGAUUCCGAGUCUGAAUGUCAGGCUGCGGUCACCAGAGUUCCAGCAGACUCUACCUCUCACAAGAGGCUCGCCAAGAGGGGGCAGCAAGGCUCCGGCACAACUGACACCAACAGGCCGAAGGUGGUGCACCCAAGAGGGCCCACCACAGGUAAUCCCAGCGAGGGGCAGCAGAGUGAGGGGAAGCAAAAGCUCUACACCCUGGUCCCCUUCGGGCGAGGUGAGAAGGCUACAGCACCUUCCCAGCGAGGGCUUAGAAAUCUGGUGGUGCAGAUAGACCUCUGUCUUCUCAAAAGGGUCCCGGACAGCACUGCCAGUUCCACUGUGAACAAACCCUCCUCUUCCUCCUCCUCUUCAUCAACCAAGGACAAGCAAAGAGAGGCUAUGAAGCACCUGUUUGUCCCCGAGACUCUGACCAAAGACGGCAAAAGGAAACGCAAGCUGGAGAAUGGUGUGUCACACAGAGAAAGCAAGAGGAGUAUUCCUUAUACAAAUGACCUCUCGGGACGCACAGAGUCUUCAUCUCACACAGCUGAGCGCAACUUUGUGACUGAGACCACACACAACGGGUACUUGGACGAGUACUUGGACAGCAAGAGGCCAUUGUCUCCCCUUUCUCCACUGUCUGACAGCCCCGAGUCCACCAAGCCUCCCUCCAAAACAAAGACUUCAGAGCAGCAUCACGUCCACAAGAACAAAGACAAGAAGAGAGAUUCUGCUAUAAAGCCCAAGAUGGAGGUGGAAUGCGUGAAAGUGUCAAAGCAGCCCCAAACACCAUCGGAGUCCUGGGGCCCUGCAGGACACAGGGGGGCCGUGCCAAGCCAUGAAACUCCACACCAUGCCGAGUACUACUUACACGAAGCUAAGAGGAUGAAGCACCGUGCAGACGCAAUGGUGGACAAGCUAGGGAAGGCUGUGAACUACAUCGACGCUGCUCUCUCCUUCAUGGAAUGUGGGAAAGCAAUGGAGGAGGGGCCGCUCGAGGCGAAGUCUCCGUAUACCAUGUACUCCGAGACCGUGGAGCUUAUUAGGUACGCUAUGAGGCUGAAGAGCCACUCUGGCCCUGGAGCGAGACAGGAAGACAAACAGCUGGCGGUUCUGUGUUUCCGAUGCCUUGCCCUCCUUUACUGGCAAAUGUUUCGUUUAAAGAAGGACCACGCACUGAAAUACUCCAAAGUUCUGCUGCACUACUUUAAGAGUUCUCCCAAAGUGCCUUCUGCACCGCCCUGCUGGAAUGACUCUGGGAAGGGUACAGGAGACCCUCCUUCUUCUCUCUCACCCACUGCCAAACACCUCAGACAGGGUUCGCAUGGGGGCAGCGACUUACCCUCUCUCAUAAGCAUUCCCCAACGUAUCCACCAGAUGGCAGCAAGUCACCUGAACAUUACCAACAGUGUCCUGUACAGCUACGAGUACUGGGAGGUGGCAGACAACCUUGCAAAGGAGAACAAAGAGUUCUUCAACUACUUGAAUACUUUGUCUGGGCCAUUGACUCUUCACAGCAGCAUCGCUCAUGCGGUCCAAUACACCAGACAGGCUCUGCAGUGGAUACGCAUUAGUGCCAAACUUAACUAACAAGGAGAGGAUUUACUCUUACCUGCCCACUGGAUCUCCAGGCCUUAUUUAUAAGAGACAAAACUCUGGAUCUCUAUGCAGCUGAUGGGACUUAUGCCUUCUGUGUGAAAUGGAGUCGGACGAAAUGCCAUAUAGACCCUGCUUAUCCUCAUAGGAUGAUGGGGUGCCCGCCAUCCGGUUCUUACUGUGUGCAAAGCCUUCUGAAGGAAAAGUCUUUUCCCUUCUCACAGAUGAACUCUGUGCACCUUCUUCUUCAUCUGUGAAUUAAUGUGAAGAGUUGUGUGUGCUAUGGAUUUGAAGUCUCUAACCAUUUGCCAAAUGUCCCGUGGUGACAGAAACAGGACUCAUUUGUUCUCAGUUGUAUGUGCAAUUUCACAUGUGAAGCCUUUUUUGUACUCUGGGCCGAGUCAUCGUCCAGCGGACUGUUUCUCUGGGGCCAAAACAGGAGAAGAUGCCGAAAAAGACCAACCAGUCACAUACCACUUUCUCUAAAGUAGGAAACUUGCCUGCAUCUUUUCCUGAUGACAUUUUUAAGGACUUUUCUUUUUAAAUCUCUGAUAUUUUCACUUGUAUGUGUUUUUACUGUGCAAUACUUGAUGGAUUAUCUGUUUUUAGAAAAAAAGAGAAAAAGAUAUGAGAGAAAAAGAAGUUGGUGGGUCUAGUUGCCAGCAGUCACGUUCCCUUUUAUGCAAAAUAUAUUAUUGUCCCUGUUUGAGUUGGGGUUAUGUAACUGAAUGAUUAAUGAAGCUGGAGAGGUCACUCAGGCUUCCUCUUGGUAAGUUAACUGUCUUGGCUCUGGUGCAGGAGUACGCAUUUUAAAUUUCCAGCUUCUUGCAGCCCAAAUGAGACAGGUAGCAUAGCAUCAUGACAAAGGUGAUGAUCUUUUGCAUCUUAAUUUAAAUGGAAGGAUUACAAGGUCGUCUGUCGGUCGAAGCUCUCUUCAGAGCAUUAGCCCACAACACCCUCUCGAAAUCUGCUCAACAAAUAGAAGAUGUGGGCAGUGAUUCAGAGCUACGAACGUGUGACAUUUUGCACAUACAGUAAGCUGCUCUUUGAUACUGUGACUUUUGCACAAUUUUCCAGUGAUUAUUUAUGGACAAGGAUGCUCCUUAUCCACAAAGUGAUGCUGUGUCCUCAGGUGCCUCGGUCUUAACAUUGCAGUGCACAGCUUUCUCAACAGAGGCACUCACCCAUCAAUGUGUGAGAGAAGCUCACCGAGCCUCUCACUGAACACCCUGCUCUUAUUGCCUCACUGUGUCUUUUUUAUUCCAUUACGCUGACAGGGAAGGUAUACUGGCAGGGUGUGUUUUAAAUCAGUUGUUCGUGCGUUAAUGCAUUGAUGCAUUUCUCCUGGAAAGGAAGGGGAUUCAUAUAGGUCGUUUCUGGCUUUCUUGCUGUCACUGGCGCACACACACACACACACACACACACAGUAUAGGCGUCAGUGACUGUGUGUGAGUCACACUCUACUCAGUCCAGUUGUGCAGAGAUCCCCCUCUCUCUACACACGAACGCAUCAUUCUCUGACUCUCCAUCACUGCAACUAUUUCCUGCUGCACAGACUCAGAAGUCGCGCAUGAAACUUCAGCAUCUGAUGUCUGGUACCAUAGCAACAGAGAACAACCAAUAAGGGGGCUCUCCAGGACACGACAAGCCUUGGGUCAAUAGCAUCCUGGCUUCUUUGAUUCUGUGAAAUGAGGUCUGUUGCAAACUAAUCCAGCGCCAGACUAUAGACAUUUUUUUCCUAUUAUCCUGCACUAUGACCUACUUUAUUCCACUGUCCUCAACUCAAAGGUGACUGUUAUAUAUGCACAGUAGACCAAUAUGGAGUCAAGUGAGUCUGUCUCAAAAAGGUCAAAUCAGGCACUGACAUACAAAGCUGCAGGAGACAUGUGCAAAUGUUCUGUUUUUGCUGUUCUGUCUGCACGGGGUUACUUAUUAUUGUCUCCAUGUGAUGUUGUCGGAGCGGACUCCUGGCUCGUUCAGUUUGCACGUGCCUCUGCGUCACGGCCGUUAUUCCCUGCGUACGGGCCGUCUGAGGACAACCGUGCUCGGAGCCAGACAGUACACAACGAAAAAAAAAAAACUAGACUGCUCUUGAUCGACUGUCUACUGCAGGAGAGCAGGCGGUGUGGGCGCGUUAGCCCUGUGCACACAAACCCUCCUCAUACAAGCCGCGGAGAUAGUUCUUCCAAGGUGAACAGUGCGUCAGAGUGCGAUCAGCAGAGAUGACUGCAACAGCAAACAGCUGCACAUCAGCGCUUCUCCUGUUCGUGUCGAGCCCAAAGGGCAAAUCGGUGUGAGAGAGUCAGAGUGGGCGGUUAGAAACUGUACAGAAAGCUACCGUGCAGUCAUUUCAGGUGACAUGCACUCGUUUGCCCGCAUAGUGGCAGCAUUACAACACAACUUGAAGCUAAAAACAAGAAGCCGGGGGAUAAGCUGGAUCAAGCUUGCCAAGAAAAGCCACACCAGAACCGGAAGUUGAGCGUGUUUCGUUUUGAAAAUAAAAUACCGUUUUUUUGCCAGACAUGAUACGAGUCACUUGACUAGCCAAGGGAAAUUUAAAAAGAAUUCUGAAUUAUUAUACUAUGAUAUAAAAAAUAUCUGUAAAAAUGCAUAGCACAAGCUAGUUUUUGUUGUUUUUUCUUAAUUAUUAUUACAAACACAAGAUCAUAUUAUUGUUAAUGCAGACUGAUUAGAGUUAAGUCGAAAAAAGUCUGACUUGCAUUGUGUAGAAACGCUA